ACAACAACAACAACAACAUCAUCAUCAGCAGCAGUCACGCAGGCGUCGCUAAUGGGCGGUUACGCAACUCUACCUCAACAGCAGCCACGAGAGCCAACAGCAGCAACAGCAGCAACGGCUGCAACAGCAGCAACAUCCCACUAGCCACAAUAACAACAAUUGCAGCUGCAACUGCAGCAGACGCUGCGUAUUUGCUGCAAUGUCCACGUAAUGCACACAAAACACAAAAGUUGCAUUUCAGUUGCCAACGCCAACGCAGCGAGCAGUGAGAAAAUGAAGUCGGUUAUCCUGUAUCCGUAUGGACCGCUGACGGGCGGCGUGCGCUGCUGUCGCAUGUUGCAUGCCAAAAAUUUGGCCAUAACAAGUGCAAUUUACACAAUUAAUAUAUCACUCCUAAUUGUGCUGAUCUAUUCCUGGCGCAUCAAUGUUAACAUGCACAAAUCUGCCGAGCUCCAGGAUGUCUACUAUGGUGUGCAAAUUGCAUAUUUUGCCAUAAUUGGAACACAAAUGUCAAUGAUAUUGUUAAGCAUUGUGCUGAUAUUUGGCAUCUGUCGGGUGCUAGCCAUGUGGGGCGUUCUACGCUUCUAUAAUCUCGUGCGUUCGGGCAUCACCUGGCGUGGACCGGAGGCCAAGACUGCCAUCUUUGCGCCCAUGUACAAGAGCGUGAGCACGCACAGCAAAUCCUCGAUUGUCCACCUGGAGGGCAAGCGGGCCAAGCAGCGCCAGCGACGCUACAGCGUGGAGGCCGAGAGCGGCUGCUGUGCGAUCUUUGACUUUGACUUUGACUACGAUGACGAGGACGAGGACGAGGAUGGGGCUGAGGAUGAUGUGGGCUAUGACUACGAUGACUACUAUGACUACUAUGAGGAUGAGGACGAGCAGCAGCUGGAGCUGGGCCAGCCGGAUGAUGCCGACUGCAGCAUGCUGGGCUCGGUCGGUGGCGGUGGCGGUGGCAGGUCGCGUCCCCGCACCGCGGCGGUGCGCAUGAAGAGUCAACGGCAUCGACGCAACAACAACAACAUACGCAGCGUGCUGAUCAAUAAGCGGCACAACAAGUACAAAAUCAGUCGGCCCCAGACACAGCUGGAGGUGAUCAACGAGUCGGAGCGCAGCGCGGGCAGCGGCAGCGACGAGAACGACUCCCUGCUGGUGGCCUACGAUAGCAGUUCGUCCUUGGCGUCGGUUUGACAUUGGCCGCCAUGUCACAAUGGA